AUGUCUGAUGCACCUGAAGGCAUUGUCGAAUACGCCUACGACCACAUCUCAGAAUGGUACCUGCAGUGGGUCGAGAGCCAGAAGUCGCCGCGAGAAAAAUACACCAAGAUGCUCCUUGAGAAGCUGCAACCUUCACCUUCCAUUCUGGAGCUUGGUUGUGGUCCCGGCGUUCCCAUCUUGAAAUUGCUUCUCGACCAAGGCGCUCAAGUGGUCGCAAAUGACAUCUCAACCAAGCAAAUCGAGAUGGCUAAGGCCCGCUGCCCGGAGGCCAAGCUGGUUGCGGGCGACAUGACAGCACUCACUUUCGAGCCUGAGAGCUUCGAUGGCGCAAUCAGCUUCUAUACACUGUUCCACAUUCUGCGGUCGAAGCUCAAGGCUAUGCUCAUAAAGAUCCAUGGUUGGUUGAAGCCCGGAGGAGUCUUUGUUUUCAAUCUCGCAACUAUCGACGAGGAAGAAAUCCAUGGCGAAUUCCUAGGAUAUGGAAUGCUCUGGAGCAGCUAUGGCGUGGGUGAGAAUCAAGCACUGCUGAGAGAAAUCGGAUUCGACUUAUUGCAGGUGGAAGUAUUGCAGGCAGGCGAUGGAAAAUUGAAGGAUGAUGAUCCAGACUUUGACGCCGAGUUUAUGUGGGUGGUGGCACGAAAGAAAGAUUCUCCCACCGAGCGGAAUGCUGUAAGGAUCGUGAAGCCAGGCGAAUAA